AUGACACAGGAAGAAAAUAUCCUAAGGUGCAAUUUUAAUACUAGUGGGGACCGUUGUGGCAACCUCGUCGAUGUUGGUGGUGGAGGAAUGGAUGAUAGUGGUGGGAGUAGAUCAAAAAAGACCAAGCAAAAAAAAGUUCCACAGACAGGAUUAGGAGUUGCCCAGCUUGAACAAAUUAGGUUGGAGGAACAACAGAAAAAGGGGGCAACUGUACAAGCAGCCAAUAUUUUGGCAAAUAAUGCAAUUAGUUCACAUAAUGAUUCUACUACAUGUUCAGGUUUUGAUCUAUCUUUUUCAUUAUUCGUGAUUUUAGGUAAUGCGUCCACUAUGGUGCAGAAGGAAUUAGGGCCAAAGAUUAAUUUUAGGGAAUAUUCUUUCUUUGAAAACCCACUUUUGCCCCAGCAGGUAAAAGAGUCAUGGCUUGAUGUGCAUCUUUGUCAAGAGGGGUCACAAAGUUGUCAAGUUUCAAACAGUACAAGUCAAACAGGAGUUCUCAAGUUCCCUAGGCGCAGUACUGAAGAAACGCUCGGCUUUCAAAUAAUCAAAUCAGAAAGACAGAAAACCUUCGGGGUUUGGACAAGUUAA